UGUAUCCGCCAAAUUUGGAUUGGACAGUGUGUUUUCCAUACCGUUUCCAUGAACAACAUCAAGCAGUAAAAACACACAAAACCAAUUUAUAAGAGCAAAAGCCUCUACGAAGAUGGAUUUGAAAUACAGUGACGCAGUGGAUAAGCAUAAACGAAAGUCUUCUGAGACGAUGAAACAGCUUCUGUCUUCAGAUGAAUACACACAUCGCGUUGGUUGUGCUGUUCUACGACUGAUUACCGUCUGUGCUGUUGUUCCAGAGGCUGUGCUUUCCCAUGCGUCUAAUCUGACUAGGAAAGAAGUGCAAAUAUAUAACAAAGCCUUAAAGGAGCUGAUCGUGGCUGUUUCUAACCCCCUUGACCAAUUUGAGUGUGGUUUCCAUGGAAGUGAUGCGCUGAAACGAGAACACAUGCCCUGCCACCUUGAAGAAACGCAUCAUCUCUCUACAGAGACGGAUGUGACCCUGCCCUCUUGUGUGGAUGGCAGCCAGGACUCUGAGCCCCAAGCAGGGAACACGCUGAAUAGAAGUGCUGGUAGGCUCAAGUUGCUAUCCAGCACAUGCCAAACCUCUCCUUCUGAUCUAGACAAAGUAUGCCAAGAGAUGAUGACAAUCUACGAACGGCUACAGGCAGAGCGUGCGAGUCAUCAGGAGUGGGAGAGGGAGCUGAUGGAAAGAGAGGGGAGGCUGGAGGAGAGAGAGAGGAGGGUGGAGGAGGGAGAGAGGAGGGUGGAGGAGAGAUCGGAGGCCCUGGGGAGGCUGAGCGGCAUGGAGGAGGCGCUCAACUCCUGCAUACUCUCUGUUCAGGAGAGACACCAGCGGGAGGUGUUGAAGCUUCAGGAGCUUCUCAAAGAGAGAACGGGGGAGAUCAAGAGAAUGAGUUCCAGCUUCAACGUUAUGAAGAAGCUAAACAACAGCAUGAAGGAACAGCUCAAGGAGCUUGGUGAACAAAAUACCAAGUUGGAAAGUCAUUACAAGAGGGUACAGGGGAGACUCGAGAACCUACAGCGAAAAUAUGAUCCUGGCAUGGUCGAGAAGGCCCGGCUGAAUGUGUGUGCGAAGGCGACCCAGUCGAGACGGGAGAAAAGUGGCGCCUCUAGUAAACCAACAAACAAGGCCCCCAUGAGGCCUUCCUCCCCUUCUCUCCUAGCCCUGCUUUUGGACUGGCUGCUGGAGACACAGACCUUCUCUUUAGUAGCCCCACACCAUGAGACAGCCAGCGACCCCCAGUGUCUUCCCCCGCAAGUCCUGCUUACCGACCGAUGCCUCCAGAUGUUACCUCUGUUGGCAGAUCAACUCCAACGGACAUCCUUAUCAGAUCCUCCCCUGCUUCUCUGUGUCCUCCGCCUCGUCUACUGGGGUCUGAGACACCUGGACAGCAGCCCACAGCGCGGGGCCUUGUCCUCCACCCUGCGGCGAAUAGGAGCGCAGGUGUCUGCACACCCGCCCGAGGAAAAGGACAGCGGAGACGGGGUCCUGCCUGGUUCCCGUGGCAACAGCGGUCCAGCACACGGGGGGAGUGUGCUCUAUCACAGCCCCUGUCCGCACACGCGUGUGCUCUCCGCCCUCAUUGUUCUACACACUGUCACCCAAGCUGACCUGCUGGCCCAGGCGCUGGGCGGCCUCCGCAGCCAGCUGAGGAGCGAGGGAAGCCGGGGUCUGUUCCUGCAGUACGGCGGCCUGGGGGUCCUGCUUCGUCUCCUGGGGGCCAGCAGCAGAGGAGGCCUGCAUGGGCCCGUAGAUAUCCUGAUGCAGCUGUCCGCACCGUCCCGCUUCCUGGAUCCCUUCCUGGACGCCUGCAGCUGUGCUGACUUCUUCUCGACCAUCUCCAAGCUCCUUCAACAGCCUCCUCUUGAUCUACGUCUGCUGGAGAAGCUGUCCAUCCUGCUUCAGAAGCUGUCAAACAUCAGGAGGAACCGUCGACUGUUUGAGCGCUCCUCCCUGCGCCUCCUGCUGCAGGAGAUGCAGCGCACCACCGAGCCGUCCUGCAGCUUCCUCCGCCUCAACCUGGGCUCCAUACUGCUCAACCUCACGUGAGGCGGCCCGGGAGCCACCGCUGAACCCUGUGGGACUCCACGAUGACUGAAGUAGUAGGAGGAUGCCUUAACACACGCUGGGCCUGGACAGGCAGUGUUGUCCACUGCCAUCCCUUGCACUCCCAGGGCUACAAUAGGCAGCGCUGUUAACCUUGACUUAGAGUCACAUCGACAAACCAACCGUAUUUAUUAGAUCAUACUUUUUUAAGAUUUUUUUAAUAGCAUUAUUUUCAUUGUAGUUGGUUUUAAUGGUUCUGUACGAAACAGACUGAUCCGGUGCCUUUGUUAGGUUUUAAACAAAUACAAAGGCCCGAGCAUUUAGCUCGGGGUUAAUGGGCGUCUCGUGGGCUUCAGAGACGCACAUUACGGCUCUAAACGCAAACUAAAAGAACUGGAUGACUCUGUGGAUGGACCAUGUUGUGAUUGUUAGCGUCCAUGUGGUUCGCGUUAGCUGGCUUUUUCAUUUGUUUUCGAUUGUCCUCACUCAGUAUGUGGGUGGGAGCGUUGGUCUCAGGAAAAGGCCUUACUUGUUAGGAGGACACCCAAGGAUCAAACCCAUCAGGGCUGAUUUUGAACAGUCGGAGAGAAAAGACUCCCGGGAGAGUGCUCCAGUUGCCGGUGCAGAACGGCAUGCAGAACUAACUUCCGAGCCAGGUUCUGAGUGUUCUGUAGGGAUCUGUCCGCCGCAUCUCGUGCCCCUUUCUCAAAAUCUCACAACGAGAGGGUGAAGAAGACUACGUGGACUUAGCUUGCCACAGUUUCAUUUGGUUCCGCCUUCGACAACCUGUCAUGUACAUUGAGGUUGUUCGAUCAUUUGGGCUUGGGUCAUUUGGGUAAUUGACGGGUUAAGAAAGUUUGAUAUCAUAAUUAUUCAUGGUAGUUGGAAAUGAUAACUAAACAAUGAAGAAAAUCUCAGAUGCCUUUGUGUCACUAAAACUGGCCUUUUGAGCCAUCAAAGUUAAUAUAAACUUGGUUGUCAUCCGAUCUGAGGGAAGACCACAGACAAAUAUGGUUUUGUUUUAUCUCCAAAUUAUCUUUUGUUUGCUUGUAAUUCUAAACGGUGUGCAGAAGUAACAGAGCCUUAUUUGAAUACUUCGGUAAAGUUCGGUAAA